AUGCAACGCAGCAACCCGGCAGCUGAGUCCGCAGCUCGCGAUGCCGAUGCUGGCGUUGGGUCGCGCGGGAAAAGAAGGAGGAGCGAGGAAGGCAGAGAGCAGAGCCAGACAACGAUGCGGCGCGUUGGGAAGGAAGUUUUCCAAGCUUUCCGCGGAACGCCUGCAGCACACGGGGCCACAUUCCUGGCGCGUGGUGCCGCGCCGCGAACAUGCAGAAAAGACGAGACACGAGGCGUGCCGAGGAGGAAGGCAGGCGGCAGAUGGGCGAGCGAAACGAGGCAGAAGAAGUCCACGCAACUACAACAACGCAGCCAAAGUGCUGGACGGCUGCAAAAGGUUGAAGAGCCUGAGAGGGGCGGUCGCGUCAAGGACAACGGCGAAGCGAACGCGGCCGCGACUGCGCCGAAGAAGGCAACACGCCAGCGACUUUGCGGACGCGCGCGUCGACCUCGUUGUUACUCCACAGACGGAAUUCGUAGACAAGGGGUCAAUGACACAGUUUAG